AGGAGCUUUAAUAUCCAGAAGCCUAGCUUUAAUGGCCAUAAACAUGUGUUCAUCUGCAAGCCAUUCUCACACCAUAUAUGUUUCAUCUUUACACUCCAAGUCUCCUGUAAAACCAAACCAUUCUACAUCUUCAAAGAUAUGUUUUAAUAUAUCUUCUGAUAACGAUGUUGUUUUACUGGCUGAAACCAUGCCAUUUUCUAGUCCUGAUAUUGAGUUGCUGGAAAAGAAUUUGUGUGAGGUUGAGCUGGAGAGAGAUUGGAGAGAUGGGGUAGGAGUGAGAAGAAAGAAGAGGAGGAAAAGGAGGGGUUUUGAGGGUGAGAAGGAUGAGUAUGGAGAUGUUAAGCAGGUGUUUAGUAGGAGUAGAAGAAAGGCUGGGCAGCAUUUGAGUUCUGAAGAAGAGGCAGAUUAUAUUUUGUUGAUCAAGGAAGAGGCAAAGCUAGAAGCAGCUAGGAGAAAGAUUCUAGAAACAACUAAGCAUGAUCCCACCUUGAGUCAGUUGGCUGAUGUAGUAGGAGUGCCGAAAAGUAGACUAGAUAAGAUAUUGUGUGGAGGAAGAGAAUCACGUCAGAGGAUCACAGAAAGCUACAAAAGACUGGUAGUCUCCAUUGCUUCUAGUUAUCAAGGCAGAGGACUAAAUAUGCAAGACCUAGUACAGGAAGGAAGCAUUGGACUUCUGCGCGGGGUGAAGAAGUUUAAUCCCGAGAAGGGGUUUAAGCUCUCAACUUAUGUGUACUGGUGGAUUAGACAAGCUAUCUCAAAAGCUGUAGCAAGCAAGUCGAGGACUAUCCGGUUACCGGGAAGCGUAUGUGAAGUAAUCCCAAAAAUUGCAGAGGCCAACAAUAGCCUAGCAGUAAGACUACGAAGACCACCCUCUUUUGAAGAAAUUGCGAAGUCUGUUGGCACAACUGUCAAAACUGUAAGACUUAUUUAUCGAAGCAGCAAAGAACCAGUUUCCCUUGAUCAAGCAAUGACCAGCCAAGGCUGCAUGAGUUUACAGGACAUUAUGCCAGGUCCAGAAGAACUCACACCGGAAUCAAUGCUGAUAAAACAGCAUAAAAAACAAGAACUAGAGAAGAUAUUGAAUCAGCUUUCUGAUAGAGAAUCAAUCAUUGUGAGACUAUACUAUGGACUCGAUGGGAAAGCCCCUCGUUCGUUCGAGGAGAUAGGAAAUGUGUUAAAACUUUCAAGAGAAAGAAUUCGACAAAUAAAUGGCACUGCACUGUCAAAACUAAAGCAGAACACUGAAAGAUGAAUUUUCUUUUUCUUUUUGUAAGUACACUAAUUGCCUAGUCAUAAAUAAUAAAUUAGAGUAGUAUUUUUGUUGCAUGGUAUAGUACAGACAUGAGAGUGAAAUAGGAUAUGAAGCUGUAAGCUCCCCA